GUGUCUCUUAACCUCUCUCUCCCUCUCCAGUGUCAUUUUGAGGUCUAGGAUCCAUGUGGCUGCUUCACUAGAGAGAGAGAGGACAGGGCUGAAGGGAACACGGGACAUAAACAGCGUGACAUAAGGACCACAUGGACGGGACAUUUAGUACCCUGGAUGUGAGACGCGAGGGGCGGGCUUGAGACCGGGAGGUAAAGAACGCGGCGAGAAGAAGAAGAAAAGAAAUACAUCGACUGUCUGCGACAGAACUACAUAAAGGAGCGCACAAAAAAAGAAAUCGUGACCGUGUGAUGCCCACACGCAGAAAUGACCACUGAUCAGGAUCUGACUAUGGAUGGCCAGUCGGCCGCGGCCGUGUUUGCUGCAAAGGGCAUUGAUGUGACAACCACCAAAGACAGAGGAGUUAUCAAGGUCGUGAAGCAUCAGGGGCUCAACGGAGAGAGGCCGAUGAUUGGGGACAGAGUCACUGUCCACUACACUGGAAAGCUGCUCACCGGGGAGAAGUUUGACUGCAGUCGAGAUCGGAAGGAAGCCUUGUGCUUCAAUGUGGGCAAAGGACAAGUGCUUAAGGCCUGGGACAUUGGUGUGCUGUCCAUGCAGAUGGGCGAGGUGUGCUCCUUCCUGUGCAAACCAGAGUACGCCUACGGAUUUAAUGGAAAUCCUGAAAAAAUUCCUCCCAACUCGUUAGUUGUGUUCGAGAUGGAGCUACUCAUGUUCGAAGGAGAGAUUCUCACCGACGAUUCCGGCAUCGUGAGAAGAAUAAAGGUCAAAGGUGACGGUUACACUAACCCCAACGAUGGCUCACGCGUUGAAGUGCACCUGGAGGGAAGGUGUGGUGGUCGACUCUUUGACUGCAGGGACGUCAGCUUUAUUGUCGGUGAGGCCGAGGAUAAAGGCGUUCCUCUCGGAGUGGACCGGGCCAUGGACAAGAUGCAGAAAGGAGAGUGCUGUUCACUUUACUUAAAACCAAAGUAUGGGUUUGGAAGGGAAGGUAAACCUGAGUACAAAAUUGGACCAGACUCAGACAUUAUAUAUGAAGUAACACUCAAAAGUUUUGAAAGGGCUAAAGAAACCUGGGAAAUGGACUUGCCUGAAAAGCUAGAUUUGGCUGCUGGAGUUAAGCAUAAAGGGAAUCAGUAUUUUAAGGGAGGUCUGUACUACCAGGCAGUCAUCCAGUACCAGCGGAUCAUUUCCUGGCUGGAAAUGGAGUGUGGUUUCGGGAUAGAGCAGCAGAAGAGGAUACAGUCAUUCCUGUUGACGGCACACCUCAAUUUAGCACUGUGUUUCCUGCGGAUAAAAGACUUCUCACAAGCCGUGGACAACUGCAACAAGGUGAUUGAGCUCGACAAGAGCAACGAGAAGGCCCUGUACCGCCGCGGGGAGGCCCGCCUGCUUCGUAACGAGUUCCCCAUGGCCAUGGAAGACUUUCAGCAAGUGCUGCGAGUCAACCCCGCGAACCGAGCGGCACACGGGCAGCUUUUGCUCUGCCAGACCAAGAUUAAGGAACAUCAUGAACGGGACAAGAAAACCUACGCCAACAUGUUCCAGAAGUUUGCAGAACGGGACACAAAGGUCCGUGCGCUCACUGGCUAAAUGCAGUAGGCAGUUUGACAUUGGAAAGACGAAGAGGAGGCGGGACGAGAGCGCGAGAAGCGGCAUGAACGGUGAAUUGGGUAACAAGCGGCGGCGGAGGAGUCAGGACUGUCCGUCAUAAAAGAAACAUUGAAACGGGGAGAAAAAAAAAGACAAGUCCUUUCCAAGUCCAGGAAACAGGGGCAGAAAGGAAGGUGUAUGAAAAGCCUCUAAUCCAAACCUCUUCAUCCCCAAAUCCACUGUUACCCUUCCUGCAUAUAAAGCAGUAGAGUAAGCGGGGACGUUUGCAAUCCAAACCACAUUUCCUCUUGGUCACAUGGUCUGUGUAACUGCCAGUACAAACCUCCGGACGGAAUUACCACUGCGGAAUCACUCAGUUAAGAUUGUUGCACUCUUCUGGCCUCAAUCGUUUAUUUCUUUAAAAAUACAGAGCAAUUCUAUUUAAUUUGUCAUUAGGCGACACUGUAGAGUUCA